GGCCGUUGUUUUUCGUCCCAUUUGUUUUGACAGCUUUUUCUUUUUUUUUAAUCUUUCUCUCUCUUCAUUUUUUAUCAUUAUACUCAUCUUGAUUUUGUGUUUAGCCUCUCAAUGGGACCGUUCCCAUGGCUAGUGGAAUGUUGACUUCAAAUAAGUAGAAAGGGAGGGGGCUAUAUCCGGAUGGGCAUACAUACGGACGGCGACGGCAGGCAGUACGUUGUCCUCAAUCCAGGCCCCAGGGGGGACGAACUCUCGGAACAGUGCAAGUGGAACACUGAACCUGUAGGCAGCCGCCCGGCGCCGAACCUGUCGGCCGGCUCGCGGCACGCUACGUCGCGCUUUGACUGCUUGAGCAAAGCCAAAAGGCGACCAACGAACGAGCACGCACCAGCAUCCCACGACGCCGAAACCGGGAAGCCCGCAACGUAACGCAACCAUCACGACGACGAGGCGACGACCGACCACUCCUGCCACCGUUCCUGAAAUGCACAGCGCAGCGGCACCGGCACCGGCACCGGCCGAAAAGGCCGGGGUUCAGGAUCUCUCGGGCAGCCAGCCCCUCGUGAUCCCCAAACCGAUCUCCCUGUCCUCUCAAUCACACGACCCGCCGUACGGCCACGACCCACUGCCGUCUGACGGUUCAUGGAAUGCGAGGUACGUUCCGCGGGUACCACUCCGGUCAAAACGUGCAGCCUUGCGGAGCGAAAAACGCACAUGACAUGCCUUGCUCCUACUAGUACUAGGCCAUGACUCACUCCGCCUCCGCGUCGUUCAACGAACCUGCUGCGCCCGCUUAGCAACCAAACCAAUGCGAGCAGCCGCCCAACUUGUAUAUUACCCGAUCGAGCUCCCGAUCCUUUAGGCAGCCGCAGCCUUCCCUUCUCAUCCUCGACUGCUGAUCGGAGAAAGAAAGCUCUCCGAUCGGAGGGGUCAACAGGCUGUCUGAAACUCUGAAUGAGCUUUGCGGCCGGCAGCUCCGAGGAUCAACUCAACUCGUCGCCGCUCGCCAUGGACCGGAGACCGGCGAGGACGAGAAGCGACCCUCCUCACAGCAGCAGGGGCGCGGUGCACGAUGCCGUUGCCGUCGAGCAGAAGCAGCACCGGCGGCCGCAAGGAACGGGGGCACCGCCGGUGUACUUCACCGCGGAGCUGGUGCUGGCGUGCCUGUUCGUGGCCGUGUCGCUGGCGCUCCUCCCGCUCGUGCUGCCGCCGCUCUCGCCGCCGCCGUCCCUGCUGCUGCUGGUGCCCGUGGGCCUGCUGGCCGUGCUCCUCGCGCUCGCGUUCGUCCCGCUCGACGCGCACAGCCACCUCGCCGUCGGCUCCUCCCGCUGAUCCCGUCCGUACGCGGGAGGUGGAGGCUGGAGAUGGAGAGGGUUAGGCCCGACGUACAUAGAAUCAGAUUAGUUUAGUGACGAAUACUUACUUUUUUUCGGGGUGAUUUUGAGAUAUAUUUGCUGUAAACUGGUCGGAUCAGGUGGAUUGGAACCUUGUUUUAUUUGGUCCCGCGCACUUGACCCAAUUGCAGGGAAUGAACACCGUGCACGUUAUUUCCUACUCGAA